UCGCCGGCCCCCUCCCCCGCGGCUGCGUCGUUGGCAGCGGGUGUGGAGAAGGGAACGCGAACACGGGCCGGCAACCCGGAGAAGGAGAAAGGGAGCCGGGGCGGGCGGUGGGGGGGGACGGACCCGAAGACACCCCAGAAUCGAAGCUCCCCGAGAGGCGUGUGGACCUCUUGUGCCUUCCCCGCCGUCGGCGGAAACCGGGGAGGACUGCGGGUGGGGUUUUGCCGUGGCGGCGAGGCGGAGGACUACCCUUGCCGAACCCCCCGGAACUCCCCCUUCAACUCAGCUCGAGGACAGGAGAGGGCCGGAGCCCUGACCGGGGGAACCCUGGUGCCGAAGAAGAGCAGCGGGCAGAGAAAGCGGAGGCGAGCGGAUCUUUUUUGUCCGUUUUACGGUACCGGGGCAGAAGAUGUCCACGUUACCCAGGAGAGCCAGACUCAAGGCCCAGGCCGCGUUGCCCGAAGAUGAGAUGCCGUCCUUCCUCCAGACGUCGUCGGAAUCCGACGGCGACGACGUGGAGGACGCGGCCUGGGUGCCCCCCGAGAAGGCCGCCCCCGGCCGGAAGGCCCCCCGGCCCCGGGAGCCCCGGCCCGAGAAGGCCCCGGCCGCGCGGCGCGGGCGGCCGCGGAAGAUGGCGAUCAAGGAGGAGCCUCUGGAUCCCUCUUGGGCCACCGCCGGUCAGGUUUCGGGGGAGAACCCGGGGGAGCCGGGGGCCCCGCCCCCUCGAAGGGCCGCCGCCGCCGCCCGGAAACGGAAAACCCCAGGCGGCAAGCCCCCGGCCCGGCGCUCCAAGAAGCCGAAACCGGACGAGGAGGCCGGCGGAACGGGCAGCCGGACCCCGUCCGCCGGCUGCCCCGGCCCGGAGGGGACCCGGGCGAAGAAGGAAGAACCCGAAGAGGACUUUACGUUUGACGCCCCCGCCCCGAAGAAGAUCAAGACCGCCGCGCGGCCUCAGGGUCGGCCCGCCCGGCCGCCCGGAGAGGCCGGCCGGGUGGCGGAGGAGGUGGAGAUGAACUGGGACCUGGUGCAGGUUCUGUCCGAGAGGACCGACGUCGAACCCUGGGUGUGCGCGAACGUCGUCCGCCUCUUCGACGACGACAACACGAUACCCUUCAUCGCCCGCUACCGCAAGGAGCUCAUCAAUAACCUGGACGCGGACGCCUUGCGGGAAGUGCAGCAGGCGCUGGAGGAGUUGCGGACCGUUGGAAGGAAGGCCCAGGCCGUGAUCCGGAAGAUAAAGAAGGAAGGAGAGCUUUCACCCCGCUUGUUAACGGCCUUGCUGGACUGUAGAACUCUGGAAGAGUUGGACCAUGUGUCCACCCCCUACAAGACCGGAAGCAAGGGCACCAAGGCCCAGAGAGCCAAGCAGCUGGGGCUGGAAGGGCCCGCCAAGACCCUCCUCGAAGCCCCCGACACCCUGGACCUUCGGUCCCUCGUUCAACCCGAUGUCCAAGGGCUCGGCACCCUCAAGGAGAUCGAGGCGGGCGUGCAGCACAUUUUGGCGGACAUGUUCGCGAAGGAUAGAGACACGCUGGACUUCAUCAGGAGACUGUGCCUGCAGAGGUACAUCUGCAUCCAGUCUGCGCUGGCCAAGACGUCGUCCAAGAACGUGAACGAGAACGACAUCAACAAGUUCCAUCUCUACCAGAACUUCUCGUGCAACAUUAGGAACAUUCAGCACCACCAGAUCCUGGCUAUUAACCGAGGGGAGAAUCUGAAGAUCCUGACAGUGAAGGUCAACAUCCCUGACGGGGUGAAGAACGAUUUCUGCCGGUGGUGUGUCAGCGAAAGGUGGAGACCCAUGGGCUACACUAGACCCGAGUUAUUAAAGAUCCUGCAGGACUCUGUGGAAGACUCCUAUAAACGCCUCAUUCACCCCCUCCUCUGCCGGGAGUUCAGGUCCAAACUGACGUCGGAAGCGGAGAAAGAGUCCAUCAUGAUGUUCGGGAGGAACCUGCGGCAGCUGCUGCUGACCAGCCCCGUCCCCGGCCGAACCUUGAUGGGCGUGGAUCCGGGCUACAAGCACGGCUGCAAACUGGCCAUCAUCUCUCCCACCAGUCAGAUCCUCCACACCGACGUGGCCUACCUCCAUUCGCGACAAGGAAACGUGGCCCGGGAGUCCGAGAAGAUAAAGAGGCUGUUGCUGAACUUCAGCUGCAGCACGGUGGUGAUCGGGAACGGCACGGCCUGCAGGGAGACCGAAGCUUACUUCGCCGACCUCAUCAUGAGGAAGUACUUUGCCCCUCUAGAUGUCGUUUACUGCAUCGUCAGCGAGGCCGGAGCGUCCAUCUACAGCGUCAGCCCAGAGGCCGGCAAGGAGAUGCCGGACCUGGACCCCAACUUGAGGAGCGCAGUUUCCAUAGCGAGACGGGUCCAGGACCCAUUAGCUGAGCUGGUGAAAAUUGAGCCGAAGCACAUCGGAGUGGGAAUGUAUCAGCACGACGUGUCUCAGACUCUGCUGAAAGCCACUCUGGACAGCGUGGUGGAGGAGUGCGUCAGCUUCGUGGGAGUGGACAUCAACAUCUGCUCAGAGACCCUGCUCCGGCACAUUGCAGGGCUGAACACCAACCGAGCCAAGAACAUCAUCGAGUGGCGGGAGAAGAACGGGCCCUUCGUCAACCGUGAGCAGCUGAAGAGCGUCAAAGGCCUGGGUCCCAAGUCCUUCCAGCAGUGCGCCGGCUUCAUCCGCCUCAACCAGGACUACGUCCGGACUUUCUGCAGCCAGCCAGCCGAGACCACCGCCACCACGGGGGCCACGGACGGGAAGCCGGGCAAGAAGAAGAGCAAAGCGGUGGGCGGCGGGGUCCUGCAGCCGAACCCCCUGGACCAGACCUGCAUCCACCCGGAGUCAUACGAUGUAGCGAUGAGGUUCCUGGCCUUCAUCGGCAGAAGCCUCCAGGACAUCGGGAAGCCCCAACUGCAAGAGACGGUGAAGGAGCUCCUCCAGAAGGGAGCGUUGACGGGAGUGGCCGAGCAACUGGGCACCACGGCCCAGACCCUGCAGAUCAUCACCGACGCCCUCGGCCAGCCCGAAGGCUUCGACUUCCGCACAGAUUUUGAUAAGCCGGAUUUCAAGCGGAGCAUCGUCUGCUUGGAAGACCUGCGAGUGGGUGCCAAGCUCACCGGGAAGGUAGAGAACGCCACUCUGUUUGGGAUUUUUGUGGACAUCGGCGUGGGGAAGUCGGGCCUGAUCCCCAUCCGCCACGUGACGGAAGCCAAGCUGUCCAAGACUAAGAAGAGGAGGAGUCUGAGCCUGGGGCCCGGAGAGAGGGUGGAGGUCCGGGUGCUCAACGUGGACAUUCCCCGCUCCAGGAUCACCCUGGACCUGAUUCGGGUUUUGGAGGCCACCCGCUGAGGACCGGACUGUGCCUAGAGGCUCCCGCGGGGGUGUGAGGCGAAGAGAGGGCAGGCUUGGCCACCAGUCACCACCGCCCUCUGUCCCUCCCAUCCCCCUGGGAAAUCCAGCACCUCCAGUCUCUGUCCCUUGUGUCCCCGGGCCCUAAGGCACACAGGGUGUCCCUUCCCCGCGGGGGCUGGGGGACCAAGGGACUGGAGCCUGGAGCUACUCUGAGCCAAUUCUGCCUUCCCCCUGCUCUUUCUUCUUCCUCCCCUCUUCCCAUCCACUUCCUCAGCUCUACUCCUUUUCUGCCUCCUCCCUCCCGCCCCCAGCUCUACCCCUUCUCCUUCCUCCGCCAUCCUCUCUCCCUUCAUUUCCUCCCUCUCCUCUUCUUCACCACAGCCUUGAUUUCAGUGCGUUUGCGGCCCAGUUUAUUUUGAGAUGACUCCCGUAACCCAGCUGAAUGGCCGACCGGCCCCGGGUGGAAGCCGCGGCUUCGUUUUCUUGGUUCAGACCCGAGGGGAGAAGGGGGCCGGGCCGCGUUUCAUCCAGUUUUGAGUUUUGCAGCAGUGGGCGUCUCAGAGUCAUCUGUGAACCGAGACGUGCAGGUUUCUUUUCCAUCCACACAGCAGACCCAACCCCGGUGCGCCCGCCGGCCAGCGCUGACCGAUUCCAGAGGUUUGGGGAAAGGAUGGGCUGUUUAGUGCCAUGGCUAGAAUGGACACAAUAAACCAGUUUCUGACUCAUUUUUCCACC